AUGGGCUACUCCGACCCCACUUCCAGCCGGGACCUGCUGGGCAACCGAAGUUUGCUCUUCAUCUUCGUCUGCGCUUUCGCGCUGGUCACUCUGCUGCAGCAGAUCCUGUACGGCAGGAACUAUCUCAAGAGUGGGCUGCAGUUCAGCUGGCAGAGUGGAGUGGAAAUGGCCAACUGGACCGGCAGCCUCAAUUUCACGGAUGGCGGAGCUGUGAAGCGCGGCACUGACCCAGGCACCAGGUACUUUGAAUUUUAUGAAGGCCCCUUUGACUACAACUCCACGAAAUGCCUGGAACUGAGGCAGGAUAUCAUGGACGUCAAGGUCCUCUCGAUGGUGAAGCAGACAGAACUGUUUGAAAGGUGGAGGAACCUACAGAUGUGCAAAUGGGAGAUGAAUGUCACCGAAGCCAAGCUCUUCAAGUCUACUCUGUCCAGGUGUUGUAACGCUCCUGCCUUCAUCUUCACCACUCAGAAGAACACUCCGUUGGGGACAAAACUGAAGUAUGAAGUCGAUAGCAGUGGGAUCUUUCACAUUAACCAAGAAAUAUUCAGGAUGUUUCCAAAGGAGAUGCCAUACUAUCGCUCCCAGUUUAAGAAAUGUGCAGUGGUUGGGAACGGAGGGAUUCUGAAGAACAGCAGAUGCGGCCAGGAGAUCAAUCGAGCAGAUUUUGUGUUUCGGUGCAAUUUGCCUCCCAUAUCGGAGAAGUACAUGGCGGACGUUGGCGUGAAGACCGACAUUGUCACGGUGAAUCCCAGCAUAAUUACCGAAAGAUUUCACAAGCUGGAGAAAUGGAGGAAACCGUUUUACGACGUCCUGCAGGCUUACGAAAACGCCUCGGUGCUGCUCCCCGCCUUCUACAAUGCCCGCAACACGGAUGUCUCCGUCCGGGUCAAGUACGUUCUGGACGACUUCGAGUCCCAGCAGGCGGUCUACUACUUUCACCCACAGUAUCUCAUCAACGUCUCACGCUAUUGGCUGACCCAGGGGGUGCGGGCCAAGCGCGUCAGCACGGGCCUGAUCCUGGUGACGGCCGCCCUGGAGCUGUGCGAGGAGGUGCACCUUUUUGGUUUCUGGGCUUUCCCCAUGAACCCUUCAGGGAUAUACAUCACCCACCACUACUACGACAACGUCAAACCUCGGCCAGGAUUCCACGCCAUGCCUUCGGAAAUCUUCAACUUUCUCCAUAUGCACAGCAGAGGGAUCCUGCGGGUACACACAGGCACCUGCAGCUGAUUGGCAGUUGGCGAACUUCGGU